AUGUGGCUCUACUUUGUGGUCCUCGUGGGUCUGUACUACCUGCUGCGCUGGUACCGAGAGAGGCAGGUGGUGAGCCACCUCCAGGACAAGUAUGUCUUCAUCACAGGCUGUGACUCGGGCUUCGGGAACCUGCUGGCCAGACAGCUGGACAUGCGAGGCUUGAGGGUGCUGGCUGCAUGUCUGACGGAGAAGGGGGCUGAGCAGCUGAGGAACAAGGCAUCAGAAAGGCUGGAGACCGUGAUCCUAGAUGUCACCAACACAGAGAGCAUUGCUGCAGCCACCCAGUGGGUGAAGGAGCGCGUGGGAGACAGAGGACUCUGGGGCCUGGUGAACAAUGCAGGCAUCGCCGUUCCCUGUGGCCCCACUGAGUGGAUGAACAAACAGGACUAUGUCAAAAUUCUCGAGGUGAAUCUGUUGGGGGUCAUCGAGGUGACUCUGAGCAUGCUUUCCUUAGUGAAGAAGGCAAGGGGCCGCGUGGUCAAUGUCUCCAGUGUCAUGGGCCGCGUUGCAAUUUUUGGUGGUGGCUACUGCAUCUCCAAGUUCGGCAUAGAGGCCUUCUCAGACUCCCUCAGGAGGGAUCUCUCCUGUUUUGGGGUGAAGGUGGCUAUUAUCGAACCUGGUUUCUUCUACACUGGGUUAAUCCAGAGUGAUUCAUUAUUGGUGAGCUUCAAGGAGCUAUGGAACAAGGCCAGCUCUGAGAUCAAGGAGACCUAUGGCGAGGAAUUUCUGGCAUCCUACCUGAAACUGUUUGCAACAUUGCCCCAAAAGUGCACAAAGAACCUGUUCUUGGUGACAGACUGCAUGGAGCAUGCUUUGAUUGCCCAUCAUCCUCGCACUCGCUACACGGCUGGCUGGGAUGCCAAGCUCGUCUACCUCCCCAUGAGCUACUUGCCUACCUCCCUAGUGGAUGCCAUAGUCAACUGGACUUCCAUAAAACCAGCCAAGGCCUAGGAAGCCAACAGUUAGGUGCACAGUUGGGGGAAACUGGGUUGGGUACUGUGAGGGAUGGGACACCUCAGGGGAAGGGAGAGUACUCUCAUGUCAGGAAAGCUCCUAUUCAACCUUCUUCAUCCAAAGAAUUCUGCUGAGAUAUUUACUCUUCAAGACUAAUG